AUGAAAAUCAAAAGAAGAUAUUCGCAAGUCUCGGCCGUGAAUACUCGUGAAAUCCCCUAAUGCCUUGGCAGAUCGUUUCAUAUAUUAUCUGGUUAUCUGGGCGUGGAUGGUUAGAACCCGAGAUGGUAGUGAAUGCAUCUGUUUAAGCUAACACCUCUCAUUAAAUCACUACCAACAUCUAGUCUCAUACCUACCUACCUACCUACCUAACCUAAUACAUAAUUCUUUUUUAAAUCUUCGCACUUAUCUAGAACCAAGUUACAAUAUGUGUCUUAGCAGGCUCUAUCACCACAUAUCACAAGCAUGGCCUCCGAGGCCAAAGUUCACCGAUAAGGAUAUACCACCACUAGAUGGAAAGGUCUAUGUGAUCAGCGGUGCAAACACGGGCAUUGGGAAAAUACUAGCACAGAUCUUGUAUUCCAAGAAUGCACGCGUCAUCAUAACCGCUCGCUCCCAGGAGAAGGGGGACAAGACCAUCGAAGACAUCAAGCGGGAAGUACCAGUCUCCAAAGGCGAGCUGAUCUUCGUGCGCAUGGACCUCGCAGACCUCAACCAGGUCAAGACCGCGGCCCACGAGAUCCUGCAGCGCGAGGACCGGAUCAACGUCCUCUUCAACAACGCCGGCGUCAUGGUGCUGAAGGGGGAGCCCAAAACGGUGCAAGGUUACGAGGAGCAGCUGGGCGUCAACAACGUGGGCACCCACCUCUUCACGCAGCUGCUGGCGCCAACCCUCGUGCGCGCGGCGCAGAACGAGCCCGCGGGAUCCGUGCGCGUCAUCUGGGUGUCGUCGUCCGGCUCCGAGAUGCAGUCGCCGCCGGGCGGCGUGCCCAUGCACAACCUCGACUACCACGAGAAGGCCGACCCGUUCGUCCGCUACGCCAUCAGCAAGGCCGGCGUCUACUACCAGGGCGCCGAGUUCGCCCGCCGCUACAAGGGCGCUGGCAUCGUCAGCGUGCCCCUGCAUCCCGGGAUCUUGAACACGGAUCUCUUUCGCCAGGCGAAUGGGAUUCAGAGGCGGCUGUUCACGUUCCUAUUCUCGUAUCCGCCCAUAUAUGGAGCGUACACGGAGAUCUUCGCGGCGUUCGCACCGGAGGUGGCAGCGCGCUCGGGGGAAUGGGUUGUGCCAUGGGGACGUUACAUGGAUGUACGCAAGGACAUGAAGGAAGCCACGAAGUCGAAGGAAGAAGGAGGUACGGGGAUUGCGAGUGCGUUCUGGGAUUGGAAUGAGGAGCAGAUUCGGCCGUAUAUGUAGUUUCUUUUCCUUUUCUAGUAGUUCAUGUAUUUCUAGCAGCAUUUGAAUCAAUAUAGAUACCUACCUACCUAGUACCUAUAUACCCAC